GGUCAAAAAGGGUUGUUCGAACAUUUAACUGGCCCAGCCUUUCGGUUGGGCGCAUAUCCUUGAACUGUCGUCCUGUCCAACUGGCAGUGGCUGCCCUAAUGGACACGACGAGUGUCAUACGUGGAAGCCACCUGGAAGCCACCCACCUCAGACAGCGGAAAGGUGUGGCAUUUAAAUUGCUUCGCUGGCGUCUGGCAAGGAGCUUGGCAAGACAAUAUGGGAGGGGCCCCACAGAAUCGAAUCGAAUGGAAAUCCAGUCGGAGUUCGGAGGAAAUGCCAGCACACACGCACCCACACUCGGAAAAAUCUUAACCCUUUUGGGUUAGAUUGUCAUAAUAUAAUUUUAAUACCACGAAAAGAUGAUUUUGAAGAUGCAUUUCGAAAUGACUAAACUAGAAUUUAGAUCUAAUAUUUAGUUAUUUAUAAAUUGAUUUUUCUAAAAAUAUGUUCCUUUUUUCUCAGUGCACUAAGACGAAGCUAAAAACUAACCUAACUCUGGCCCUGAAAAUUAGGCUAAUGAUUUUCGGUUGGCCCCGCUGACAAAUUGCUGCAGUUCUAGUUCUCCACGUGGCUUUUAGUCAUCAGCCCCAAGUCCAUCAAGCCACCUCCAACCCUUGUCUUCACCUUCACACUCCUUCCUCAAUUAGGUCAGGCCAACAAGUUGGGAUUGCUCAUAGAUUGCUCAUAAAAGAUUGUAAUGUUUCAAUUUAAUGCCCGCAUCCGACAUUGAUUAAUCAAUCGCCCUUUCCUAUCUAAGGAAAUUUCGAUGGCUAUACAAUGGCUCAUUAGAAGCUUGUAACAUGAGCUGUUAGUAAUAAUCUGAUUUCUGAGUGACAAGCUGGCCGGACAAAUUACUUCCAAAAUUCAAUUUCAAAGAAAGUAACAUUUAGAAUAUAAAAAUCAAAAUGAGUUUGAAAAAGAAAGUAUGCGGUCUAUGGUGCAAACACAAGCCUACGGAUAACCAAAAGGCAUUGGCUAAAGCUUUUAUGCCAUCAGCGGCCACCUUUGGACUGGCUGCCGCCUUGGCUGUUGUUUAUUAUACCGAUUGGAAAGUAAUUGCCGGAUGGAUACCCCUCUACAAUACCAAAUUUCCCAAACCCGAAGACCCCAAAAAGAAAACGAAAUAAGAUAUAAGUGCAGCACAGGCUGCAUUACAUAUUCUUGGUCUUUGUGGUUGAUCCAAAUGAAACUUUUGAAGAUCGUGCCUUCGGUGGAAAUCUAUACAAAUAAAUGUUUUUACUGCUAUUCAA